AUGAGGCUUGGCCCCGGUGGAGGUACUGACCCAGUGAAUAACGUUUCUCCAGAGCUCUCAGCGGCUGGCCGAAAAUAUGCUCAACGUUAUGAGGACAUUAUGCUGGCUGGCAGGAAACUCUGGACCACAAUGCUCAAAAGGGACGAUGUGCCCAAGAAGAUCUACUUCAUUGGUACCAAUGGUAAUUCAGGGAAGCUCAUUGCAGAGGCUCUGAUGGAUAGCCUGGCUUAUGUUCCAGCACCUGAUGGUACAAUGUUCCUGCGCCGGAAGCCAGGGGUCGAGUACCCGAAGCUGGUCUAUUUCUUCGUGAACAGCGAUGAGGCGCUGGCGCGGGAGUCGGACAUUUCAUCCGUGGACCUCUACAUGGAAGAUGAGAAGCGCUACCGGGAGAUUGAAACCGAGGUCCUGAAGAAGUUCUCAGAAGAAGACACUGGCACCAUGCCGGCGGGCUGCGUCGUAGGUGAGAGUGCAGUAGAUACACCCGAAAAUCUGGAGAUUUUGAAGAAAGGCCUGGUGAUUUGGGUUGAUGUGUCCGCAGAAACCAGCUGGAGCAGGACACAGAUCAGGCCAAAAGCCGGUGGCGGACUUUAUGUUCGUUUUGAGAAGGUCCGGCCACCUGUUUGGUGUAUCGCCAGUGGCUGGGAUGGAGACAUCGAUGAUGGGGAAGCCAAGGCAGAGUAUGUGGAAAAGGUCAACGAAUACAGAGACAAGUAUGAAGCGAUUGCUGACCUCCGCAUUCGUUCGGAUGUCCCUGGCAUCCAAGAGAACCAGUACUGGGGAGCUGAGCGCUUGCUCAAAGCCAUUGCUGAGUUCUAUGGCAUUGACAACGAGGAUGCAUCCGUCGAAGAAGAAAUGCUGGAAGCAGACUUGGAGAAAUUUUUGGAAGGUGCUCGCCUCUCCAAAUACCUGCAGCCAGCCCUUGACUGGUGCGAUGAGCAAGGUGCUGCGAGCAUCGAUGACGUGGUGGAGAAUGCGGAUGACUUCGCUGAUGCUCUUAGUUUAAAGCCACUCGAGCGAAAGCGCCUGGCGAAAGCUGCAGAAGCCGAACCCUCUGCGCAGCAGCUGCUGCCCCAGGCACAGCUCCAGCGCACCGCACAGGCUGUCCUUGGUGCAAGCACGACACUUCUGGAGAAGACGGCUGGGCUUAGCAGUCUGGCGCAAGCCGGCUACCAGGCAGGACCCAGCCCCACGAAACUCUUCACGUGGCUGCUGUCACUUCUCUCGCUCUUGCUGCCAAGCCUGGAGACCUGGCUACGGCAAAGGCAGCAAAGCGAGGCCUUUGUCCAUAGCUUGAUGCACGGCGUGGUGAGUCGACUUCUCGCCGCCUCUGAGUUGCCUUCAGAGGCGUUGAUUCUGAAAAGCGUGCAGCUUUUGCCGCUGCUGCCCAUGGAGACAUGGAUUCAGCAGAUGUGUUUGGAGAGCGGGGCCAUACACUCCUUCGCACUGGUGAGACAGCGCGUUGCCUCCAAAAGAGGAGCCGAGUCGGGAGAUUUGCAAGAUGCCACCUUGUCUAAGGCAGUGCAGAGUGCCAUUCGUGGAGUGUUCAGCGGAAAUCUGGAGCUCUGCUCGUGGGCUUUGAGCGAUGCCUUUGUGGGAGACACCUUCGUUUGCAUCGAGGUUCUGGAGGAGCUUCAGAGCCUGGAGCAACAGAGGAGGGGCACCUUCCGCCGCUUGGACGCGGACUUCGACGUGAUUUCCAAGGUCAUGUCACUCUGGGCAUUUCACCAACGGCAGACGCUGGAGGACCCUGAGCCCAGCAAGAGCAGCUCUCUAGCAGUGCUCAAGAAAGCCGCAAUGCUCAUGCAAGGGGUCCUUGUGAAGUUGCUGCCUGGACGCCUCCUUGAGCGGAUGGAGGAGUUUCAGGAGUCGGAAGUCUUGGUGCGCAUCGCGCUGGCUGCUGUGCACAACAACGCGCAGUUGAGGUUGCAAUUGGCAGUGAACUACUCCGAGAACAACGUCGUUGUUGUAAUGGUCACGUGCCUGCAGAUGCUGCUGCGGGGCUACGAGCUGGAGCAUUCUCCGAGCACAACAGAGGUGGAGGUCGCCUUUGGUCUCCUGGCAGAAGACAAGCUGCCAGCGGACGGCUGGUCUUACAUCACGUACUGUUUGGAAGUGUGUUUGCACGUAUUAUCUCACUGGUCUUGCACGAAGCUGGCUGCACCACAAAAGGGGCCUGACGUGCUGGACCCGGGUGCUGCACCCGUGCGGCUUGCUUCAGCAGGUGUUGUGGAUGUGCUGGCCGAACUCAUUGAUGCACCUUCUGCUGGUGUCGAGUUGCGACAGCCACCACCAAGUUCCCUGGUGCAAAAGGCGUGUGAGACGCUGCAAGCCCUCUUCGAGCGGAACCCACACAUUUGCAUCUUCUGCAUGAAGCACUAUGCAGAGGUCAAGCAAAUUAUUCUGGUGGGUUGUGACAGCAUUGUUGCAGAUCCCUUGAGUGAUCAUCCGGAGAUGCAACAGGAGGCCAUUGAGCUUUUCAUUGGCGCCUUUGAGAAGUUCGCGAUGAAGGAUGAACGACUCAGUCGCAAGCUGCUGAAGGCAUUGACGGGGCUCUUUGAGUCCUCCUAUCAGUUGGUGGCAUGGUUUCUGCAGCAACAUCCUCUUGGCAGCCUCUCUGAGCUCCACAGCUUGGAUGCCCACAUUGAGGCGGUCCGAGCGGUGGCACGGGCAGCCUACUGGAGUGCGGAGGACGCUCCAUUGCUCCCCGACUUUGUGGCUGCUCUGGUGGCCACGAUGUUGGAUGCUGUGGAGGGGCACCUGGACUUCGCGAAGCCUCCGAGCUGCACGGGGCGACGGGUGGUGGACUUGACCGAAGCUGAGGAGAUCGCUUCGAGCUGUACGGCCUCCGUGCUUCACUUGAUGCUGAUCGACCCGUCACCCCCGACGGUGCAGCAGUCUGUGGCGAGAAGUCUGGGCAAGCGCCCUGCCAGGGAGGAGAACUUCGAAAAGGACAAGGAUGACCUGCCUCCGCUGGAGGAAGUGGAUGGCACUGAGGUUUCGUCGGAAGAGGCUGUCAAUACCUUGAUGAAGAUCAUGCAGGCAGAGGUGCUUUCCUUUGAAGGAUACCGAAAGAACAUGGGAGACUGCAUCAAGUCGGUGCGCUCCAUUGUGCCUCCGGAAAAUGAGGAGGAGGCGGUGGAGCUCAUCGUGAAUAUUUGGAACACCCUAGCGGCGCAGACAGCACACAGCCUCAAAGUGGGCAAGUCCAUGUCACUGAUGCCCCUAGGUGUGCUCUUCAGCUCUGGGAAAGAGAUGGAGCCCCAGUUGGCGGUCUCGGAGCUUUUCCUCUUGCAGUAUGGCAUCUCGAUGAAGCCGGGGGAUCAGGGCCAGCCAGGCCCGAGUACCAAAGCUGCGUAUGGAGAAAUUGCUGCUGCGGUGCAUGUGGCAGACAAAGCGAUAAUUCCAAAUGUCAUCACUGCCGUGAUCCAUCGAUUUGGCGAGAUUUGUACCCAGCACCCUUUGGUCCUGGUGGACUUCUCUCCCCUUGGUGAGUUAAAAUGCGAGAACCAACGGAUGGAGUUCUUGCCGCGCAACGCUGUCACCCUGGAGCCACCGGCGAGCACCGAGCCGGGCAAGACGGUGAAGUCGCUGAUGCAACGACGAAGAAAGCUUGACCCUUCACGGGAAGGAGAGGCACCACCAGCUCCUCACAGCGCCUCCCAGCAGAGUUUUCAUCCGGAGUUUCGUUCAGUCCGAACCAUCAAACCGCCCGACGGCUCGCCGUCCCACGGCCCUUCGCCGCGGCAGCGGCUCGGAGAGGUCAGCCCUGUGUUUCGCUCCAAUGCGAGUGUUAGUGCAGGAGAUUCGAAGUCCAUCAUGGACAACAUUUUUGUCCGGUCACAUCCUGCGAAGGCGAUCGAUUUCCCUCCGCUCCUGGACGAGUUUUCGCGGACGCUGGCAGCUCCUUAUGGUGAGGAUCUUCAUCACGGAAGCAGUUCGGGCCGCAUCGCCUCGCACCUGUCGCCCCUCUCGGGGAUCCUGGUGUGGAGCCACGAAGGAAAGUGUUUGAAGUGGAGACAAAGAAAGAUCCCGAAGAAGGAUGGUAAAGGUCAACAGCCGGAGUAUGCGCCGAUGGACAUUUUGGAGCGUGAGUUUGAGCACUCACAGAUCCUCCCAGGCUCCUCUCUGGAAGUGGAGUUGAAGGAAGCUGGAGUCUCCAGGCGCACGUUCUAUGGUGGCCUUUUGCGAUACAACUACUAUAUAACCGAUGGUAUUUCCGAUGCUGCAGUGGCCCCAAUCAACAGCGAAUGGCUGGAGAACGUAGCUUUUCUGGUGGAAGCCGACCGGCUCUUCAAAGACUUGGAUCCACAGGUGGUGCAAUCCAUCAUGGAGGCAGUUGUAAUUGAGAUGAAAGCUGGGUAUGUGCGCGCUUGCAAGCGUGCCAUUGCAGACUACAUCUUCAAGGAUCAAGACAGCCGUGAACGGGCCUUGGUGCCGUUUAUACCAUCGCCCGUGCCUGAUUGGGGCACGGUGCCUUUCGAGGGCAUCGAGGGCACGGUAGGCGGACCGCCGGAUGAAUGGCGGGAUGGCAUCGAGGAGAAUCGCAACGCGGUGGUUCGGAUCCUUACUGUUUGCAACCAGUCUGCUUUGCGGUUGCUUUACCUGUGGUAUGGCACUGGUACUGGCUAUGGGUCAAUGCUUUUGGUUGACCUUCCGCCGCCUUCUUCGAGCAUGGUCGAUAUCGAUCAUUUCUCAGAAAGGCAGAAGUCCUGCUGCCACGACGUUUUCACCAAGUUUAAGUCCCAGUGGUUCGAAGAGGUUUGCGCCGUCCUGCGCGAGGAGAGCCUACAUCUCAGGAGCCCAACGGAGGCUCGAUUCUUUCGGGGUGUACUGGCACUUCUCUCGGUCCAGACAAGACACCUCGUGGCACAGUCAGUGCAUGAAUAUACCGUCUUCUUCGAGCGCUUCAGCAAUCCCAAACCCCUCACACCAGAGGAGGUGACAAAGUUGAAGGAUUAUGAAGAGCGGGAAGAUGCAUUUCUGGUCGUCAAGCUGGUGCCCAAGGGUGAAGAGGUGAAGCUCAAGGAUUCCACCGAACGUGUGGUGGAACGAGUGCUGCGCGUGUUCCGAGACUUCGUCGUGUGCCUCAAUGACAUCCCAUCGCCUGAAAGUCGAGUUCAGGCGUCAAGUGGAGCCAGCAAGGAGACGAAGAACCUUUGGGGCACUUACCUGGAAGAGCAGCAUGUGCAGCAAGCCGAAAAGCUCAUCGAGCGAACGGUGCAUUUCAACAUGGCCAAUGCCAGCGAGGCAGUGCGGAUUUAUGAUGAGUACACAUAUCUCCUCACAGAGGAGGAUCGCAUCAAGGAAUUCGUCAAGGACUCAUCCAAGACGAUCCCCAACUUCUUGCAGAAGAUCGAUUCCUUCAAGGCGGUGGAUCUUCGGAUCCGGCGGGAACUUCCAGGAGAGAUGCGAAUGCAGAUGGUGACGGUCGAUUGCCGCGAGCUGAAUGAGACCCUCCGGAGCCAUGCUGCCACCUGCAUGUCUCUCCUCUUGGAGCAUGUUGCGCAGAUGAACUUGGAGCGGAAUGAACGGUGCCUCAGAUGUCCCUUUCCAGCUGUUAGCUUCGGCUCAAGCGAACGUCGCAUCCAACUGCUUCGUGUCAUGGCCAUGGCCCACAACAGAGCUUUGCUGCUGGCCUACUUUGCUUGGCUGGCAGUGUGUGAGGACUCGCUGGCCUCUUCGAAUCGCAGCUUGGCUGAGGGGAGCUCCGCCAGCUGCAGUCGCUAUGGCUGCUCGAGCUGCUCACGAUGCUUCAAUCCCGGUGCGCGGCCGGGAGUCAUGUGCAAAGGUUCGAGUGGUGUGGGCUACUUCUGCCCUGCAGAGCCUGGAGCUUUUCGAGGUGGCGGAGUGACUGCGACCUAUGCCUGCAUGGAUUGGACGUUCGGAAGUUCAGCGAUGCGAUCAGCUGAAGCAAGCUUCAGGGGUGAGUCUGGCCAGGAUGUUUACUUCGGUGUGGGCACCUAUGGCAUUUCUGGAGACCGGCAGCGUGGACUGGGAGCUUGCUACAGAUUGAAGGUUGAAGGUGUUGACAAGGACAUCAUAGCCCAAUCCAUCAACACAGGGUGGGAUGUCGAUGGAAACCAGUUCGACCUGCAAAUUGCGGCGGGUGGGGCUGGAGCCUUCAACGUUUGUGCGGGCUCGGCCGGGAGCAUGUUCUCUGGAGGCAAAAGCGCCUGGGGCUGCACCUAUGGUGGAGUGGAUUCCGACGAGGCCUGUGCUGCACUCCCUGCGGAGCCUCGCAAUGGUCAUGCCACGCGAGCAGCGGGGGAUUCACUGGUGAAGAUGUGCCAGUAUAGCUGGCAGAAGAAGGUGAGGCUUUCUGGCGCUGGUCUCCCAGCCGGCAAGUGCAAAUACAAUCCCACCAUCUUGGACGUGUCCCGAGUGCGCUGCCCGGAACAGCUGGUGCAACUGACCCAGCUGCAGCGUCAAGAUGAUCCACACAGCUUCACGGCCAGCAGCUCCCAGCGGCCCAAGGGCUUUCCCAACCGUGACCAGAAGUGCCGUUCUGAAGAUCCCAGCGCCGGUCUGGGCUACUGCCUCACACGCAUGAUGGACUGCCGGAAGCCUUCUGGUGCUUUUAAGGACAAUGUGCAAGCAGACCUCAUGGUCCCCGGUCGCCGACGCCUGACACGUGACGUCGAGACGGCCCGGAGCUGCACACCCGUACGCGCUGUGAGGCCGACCAAUGCCACGGAGUUGGUGGACAUCGAGCAGCAGCUGGAGCAGUUCCGAGGCUCCACGCUGAAGGACAUGCUGGAUGAAUUCCAAGACAUCCGGGCUUGGCAACAAAUGUUGUACGAUUGUGAACACUUGUUGACUCCGAGGGACUUCAAGGCCAUCGUGGACACUGCCGUGUGGGUCCAAAAUAUCGACUCCAAGAUGCUGAAGAACGAACAAUCCCUGAGGACAGAGCGCGACGGAAUUGAGAAGAAGUUCAAGAAGGACCGGCAGGCCUUUGAGGAUGACCUCACUGGUUACCUGGCGAUGGUGAACAAGUUCAAGGAAGCCGGGGACUUGAAGAAGAUGGACGACAACUCGGAACGAAUCGUGCUCCUCAAGGAUCACCUGCAGCAUGCGCGCAACGAAGCAGAAAAGAUCAGGGAAAAAGAGAUCCUGCUUGGCUGGGAUCCCUCGGACUUCGAGAAGCUCACGGAGGCCAUCGACAAGUUGGCUCCCUACGACGAUUUGUGGGAGUUGGUCCAUAAGUGGACCACUGAGGAGAAGAAGUGGAUGCGUGGGCCCCUCUUCUCCUUGGAGCCCGAGGCAGUGGAUGCCACGGCCAACAGCCUGGCGAAACGGGCCAUGAAGCUUCAGGGCUUUUUCGAGUCCCAGAACCUCCAAGCGCCGGUCUUCGUGGCGAAGAAGAUCAAGAAGGAAGCGGAUACAUUUAAGCAGUACCUGCCGCUGAUCCACGCGUUAUGCAACCCGGGCCUUCGGCCUCGGCACUGGGAGGAGAUCUCCGAGGUGGUCCACUUUGCCAUGGAGAGGGACUCUGCUUUCACGCUGAGUCGAGUGGUGGACAUGGAUGUGGCGACUCACCUGACUGCUCUGCAGGAGAUCUCAGACUCAGCCUCCAGAGAGUAUGGCUUGGUGCGGAACCUUGGAACCGCGUCGAAACGCCUCACGCCCAGAAAAAUGAUUGUGCUGUGUGGAGAGAAGACCCUGGAGUCCAUCUAUGAGCAAUGGCAACCAGUAAACUUCGAGCUGAAAGCGUGGAAGGAUACGGAGACCUACAUUGUUGCGGGUUCCACCGUGGAUGAGAUGCAAAGCUUGAUGGACGACCAUAUCAUCAAGGUCCAAACCAUGAAAGGAUCGCCGUAUGCCAAAGCCUUCAUGGAAAAGAUCACAUCGUUAGAAUCCUGGCUACUCCAGACGCAGGAGAUCAUGGACAUUUGGAUGAAGGUGCAAGGCGUUUGGCUCUACUUGGAGCCCAUUUUUUCCUCGGAAGAUAUCGUCAAGCAGAUGCCCACAGAGGCCUUGCGAGCGGUGAACGCGAGGAGUGGUGAUGCCAAGAAAGGUGGAACCAUUGCAGGCUCCUGGACGGAGGUCCUGGCCACCAACGCUGCAGAGAUGCUCAAGUCCUCGGACGACCCGCAGGCGCUCUGCGAGACGCUGGCGACCAUGGUGAAGAACGGUGGUAAGCAGCAGAAAGAAGCCACCAGGGUGCUACACAUUGGGUGGCGAGAGGCAAUGAACAACAAGACAAACUCAUGGAUCAACAUGGGUGUGGUGGCCGCCUUGGUCUUCAGUGUCUUGUUCUCCGCCAUCAACCAGCCCUUUGGAGUCAUUGAGGCAAAUGAUAUGUGGCAGACCCAUCGCGAGGCCAUGAACAACGUCCUGGUGUGUCUGCUGUACAUCAGCACCAUCUUUGGACUCAUCACCGUGGUGUUGACCAUUCUGCUGCUGAUCCACAUGGCGGCGUAUGUGAAUGAUGCGGAUGACUUCCUCUUCUUCAUGAACCUGAACCCCACGCACUUGGUGGAUUUGUGCAUCGUGGUGUGUUUGCUGUGUGGCGGAGUCUCCAUCCCACUGGCUGCGGUCGUGGGCAACAAGGAACCCAUCGGCUCCAUUUGCUUCUUUACUGGGAUCCUCACAUUCACUGGUGUUUUAUACAUCUACCUACGCUCGUUGAUCGUCAACAACCAACGGGUGGCAAAGCGUCAAAAGGAGACCGAAGAACACCAGGAGACCAUCGCAAGGAUUUUGCGUGAAGAGCUUGAGAAGAUUGCGCGGUGCGUUCAGAAAUUGCCCUCGUUCGUCGCGUGCGCCGAGGAGACCAAAGAUCCCACCAGGGUGAAUCCACACAUGAAGAAGGUGAAGAACCCCGUGGACCCCCAUGCUGCCCGGGGCAACGUCGAGCUGUGGCUGGUGGAGGUGGAGGCGGCCAUGCUCGAAACCAUUCGUCACGUAUGCUUGGCCUCUGCGAAGGACUAUGAGGAAAGGAACAAGUUCACGGAUUGGUUGAAACAGUGGCCAGGGCAGGCAGUGAUUGCUAUCUUCUGCUUGUUCUGGACACGUGAGACUCCAGAAGGAGGUUUUCAGCAUUUGUGCAAUCAGGUCCUGCAGGUUGCAGACAAGCUGAAGCUGACCCUAGCAGAUAUCAUUGAUUUGGUCCGGAAUGACAUUCCUCCGCUCACGCGAUGCACAUUGGAAGCUUUGAUUGUGAUCUUCGUACACAACAAGGACACUGUGGAAGAACUGGGAGCACUUGGAACCAGUGUAGUGGACGACUUCGAUUGGUUGGUUCAGCUGCGAUACUAUGUGGAGGAGAACCCAGAGAAGCCUCACCAGCAAGACUUGUUUGUCAGAAUCACCAACAGCUUUCUGGGCUAUGCCUACGAAUACCUGGGGAACUCCUCCCGACUCAUCGUGACGCCUCUCACGGAUCGCUGCUACCGAACUUGCUGUGGUGCACUUCACCUUCUCUACGGUGCUGCUCCCGAGGGUCCAGCAGGGACUGGAAAGACGGAGACCGUGAAAGAUCUCGCCAAGGCCUUGGCCCGCUUCUGCGUGGUCUUCAACUGCUCGGACGAGCUGGACUACUUGGCGAUGGCCAAGUUCUUCAAAGGCCUCGCGGCGUCGGGCGGAUGGGCAUGCUUUGAUGAGUUCAACCGGAUUGACGCGGAGGUGUUGAGCGUGAUCGCGCAGCAGAUCCUUUGCAUUCAGAACGCCAUUCGAGAAAAGAAGACGCACUUUGAGUUUGAGGGCACGGAGCUUCCCAUCAUUUGGACUUGCAACUGUUUUAUCACCAUGAAUCCUGGCUACGCUGGACGGGCGGAGCUGCCUGACAACUUGAAGGCCUUGUUUCGAACCGUGGCCAUGAUGGUGCCAGACUAUGCCAUGAUUGCAGAGAUCAAGUUGUACUCCUACGGUUAUGAGGAUUCUCGCUCAUUGGCCCAAAAGAUCGUGACCACCUACAAGCUUUGCUCUGAGCAGCUUUCUUCACAGAAGCAUUAUGACUAUGGCAUGCGCGCAGUCUUUGCAGUGCUGGUGCAAGCUGGUCGGCUCAAGCGCAACAAUCCCACCCAGGAGGAGGCCAAGUUGAUGCUGCAAUCCGUCAAUGACGUGAACCUCGCGAAGUUCCUGGACUUCGACGUGCCGCUGUACAAUGGCAUUACAAAGGAUUUGUUCCCGGGUGUGGAAUUGCCGCAGCCAGAUUACUCCAUGAUGGUCAACAAGCUGACGCAAAACCUGGAUGUCACCCAUUGCCAGGCGCAUCCUUACUUCAUCGACAAGAUCAUCCAAUUUUAUGAGUGCCACCUUGUGAGGCACAGUGUCAUGCUGGUUGGGAUGCCCUUCAGCGGAAAGACAACAGCACUGAAUACACUGCAGAAGGCGCUCACAGAUCUGGCGCAGGAGGGUAGCAUGCAUGCUGGCUGCAUUGUACACCAAGCUCGAUUGAAUCCAAAGUCCAUCCCAGCACGAGACCUCUACGGAUGCUUCGAAGAGGUGUCAAGAGAGUGGGUUGAUGGCAUUGUGGCUGUCCUGUUCCGGGAAUUUGCACGGAAUCAGACUGAGGAGAGAAAGUGGUUGGUCUUUGACGGUCCUGUCGAUGCGGUGUGGAUUGAGAACAUGAAUACGGUCAUGGACGAGAACAAGAAGUUGUGCCUCAACAGUGGUGAGAUUAUUGCCAUGUCUGCCAACAUGCGCACCAUCAUCGAACCCAUGGAUGUGGAGGUCGCAUCGCCGGCCACGAUCUCGCGCAAUGGCAUGGUCUUCUUUGAGCCUCAUUUGAUGGGCUAUCAGCACCUCAUUGACAAGACCCUCAAAGGAGGCCUUCCUAAGGAGAUGGAGGAAGCUGAGCGUUCAGCUAUUGCCAGCAUGAUAGACUUCCUGGUCCCGCCACUGAUCGCGUAUGUUCAGAAGGCAUGCAGAACAGUCUCUCCGGUACAAGAGCAGAACUUGGUGCAAAGCUUCCUGCAACUUCUCACCACAAAGUUGCAGACUGGCUACAAGGAUCCCAACAUGAGCCGCGAGGCAGUCGAUCCCAAAGCCAUCAUCACAAUGACCGAUUGCUACGCUAUUUGGUCUGCUAUUUGGGGCAUUGGAGCUGCAUGCGAGACCAACAGCCGCCCCAUGUUUGGCAGCUUUCUCCGAAAGCUGCUCACGGGCCAGGAGUCUCCCAAGCCUCCCAAGAAGAUCCAGCCAAAUCUGCCAGAUCGCGGUUCGGUCUUUGACUAUGUGGUGGACUUGAAGCAACCAGGUUGGACCACCUGGAUGGACACCGUGGAAGCGCAGAGCAUCCCCAACUCCGCACAGGUGCAGAACAUCAUUGUGCAAACCGUGGACAAUGUUCGAUACCGUCACCUUCUGGAGCAUUGUAUCGAGCACCGCAUGAAGCUCCUCUUUUGCGGUCCAACCGGCACUGGCAAAACCGUCUACAUGCAGCAGGCCCUUAUGGCAAUGCCCAAAGAGACUCACAUGUCCAUCCAAAUCGGCUUCUCAGCCCAGACCAAAUGCUCGCAGACACAGGAUUUGGUGGAUGCCAAAUUGGAGCGGCGACGGAAAGGGGUCUACGGUCCACCCAUGGGGCGAACCUGCGUGGUGAUGGUGGACGAUCUCAACAUGCCAGUGAAGGAGAAGUACGGCGCAAUGCCGCCGAUUGAGAUCCUGCGACAGAGUAUGGAUUCCACUGCAUACGGGCCCACAGGUGGCUGGUUUGACCGCAAGGACGCGACCCAUCCGUUCCGCAGCAUUAUCGAUGUGGUCUACUUCGCAGCGAUGGGUCCGCCAGGAGGUGGACGCAACUUCAUUACUCCCAGAAUUUUGGGCCACAUGUACUUGGUGGGCUUCCCACUGCUGGAUGAUGACAACAUGAUGCAGAUCUUCAACACCGUCCUGGAGUGGAAAUUCAGGGCAGAGAACUAUCCGGCAGAAGUGGCUUCCCUCAGCAAGAAAAUGGUGCAAGCGACCCUGGAAAUCUACAAGAACACGUCCAACGAGCUAAGACCCACGCCAAUGAAGGUGCACUACACUUUCAAUCUGCGAGACUUCUCCAAGGUGAUUUGUGGCGUUGGAGCCCCGGAGUGGCGUUGGUGUGUUCUUUUUGUGCCGGAGGAAGAAUAUACCGGCAUCCUGCGGCGAUAG